AUGGCAUCCCGAACAGAACGCUUCGAGCGGAAAGCAAAUCCCAAGCCUGCCGUGCCAUCGCCGACCGAAGAAACAGAAACUGUGCGGUUUGAACCCGAAGAAGAAGCUGAACUCCUCAGGCAAUCGAACGAGCGCAAGGCUGCGGCAAACGAAAGGUUCGCGGCUGGAGAGUAUGGCGCGGCGAUAAAAAUUUACGCGGAGGCCAUUUCGUCAUGUCCGAAUUAUCUAUACUAUGAGCGCGCAGUGCUGAACAGCAAUGUCGCGGCUUGCCACUUGAAGCUGGAAGAGUGGAAGGAGACGGUCAAAGCUGCGAGUGAAUCUGUCGACGACCUCGACCGUUUAGAUCCCACGAAAUUAAAGGAGAAUAAGAAGGGUGGCACUCCCAAAGGCGAGGAUGGGAAGGAGAUUGUUGAAGAGCAGGAAGAGGAAGCAGAUGAGGAGAUAGUCAGUGUUGGGGCAGCCAAGGCCGCGAACACUUCAGAGGCAGCGCGGCGGAAAACAGAUAUAGAACGGAUACGAUCGAAGGCCUUACUGAGGAGGGCAAGAGCAAGGAGUGAGUUGGGGGGGUGGUCGGCACUUGGAGGGGCUGAAGAAGAUUACAAGGAGCUCUCGAAGAUGUCGAACCUAUCACCAGCAGACCGCAAGGUAGUACAAAGGCAGCUGAUCCUGCUACCACCACGGACAAAAGCAGCACAAGAAAAGGAAAUGGGCGAUAUGAUGGGGCAACUCAAGCAGCUUGGGAAUGGCAUUCUGAGGCCGUUCGGCUUGUCCACAGAUAAUUUCCAGAUGGUCAAGGAUGAGAAGUCAGGUGGAUAUAGCAUGAACUUUAACCAAGGGAAUAAAUAA